AUGGCGGAGCGAAACCCACUGGUUGCUGGUGGCACGCACAAGGGGUUGUCUUCGCACCCCGACACCUUCCUCACCCAUACUCUCCCGUUUCUGUCCGAUUUCUACGCUCUCAACUACCUGCUCAACAGCUCUGUCGCGGAUCAAACCUGGCUCACAGCUGCCAAGCCAGAGAGGCUGCUAGAGAAGCACGGUGACUUUCUCCAUGGUCACCCCCAUCGAGGCCGCAAGGUCGUCUUGAGUCGUGACCUCCUCGACUCAGAUAUUACUCCAAUAACCCUUGUCGAGCCUGCGGGGAUGAUCGACAGGUUUCUCGAUGAGGUUAGCAAAGCGUCGCUCCGCGCUAAGAAGGCCAGAUCCUCCCUUCUUCUCAUCGUAUUCUGCCACGGAAUUGAGGGCCAUUACCUGUGCCUCGAUAAUGGCGAUCGACGCAGGGGUCUUAGCAUCGUACGCCUCAAAGCAGCCCUGGAGCCGGGUGUAUUCGUUACCCUAUUCACAACAGCCUGUUUCUCUGGAGGCUGGGCUAUCACCCCCGAGCUGAAUAUCACAACACUGGCUGCCGCAACGCCUGACGCUUCGGGGUUCUCUCGCCUUAUAUCUGAGGACUUCCGUUUCAGCGCGCAGAAUGACGAUUUAUGGCAAGGCUAUUCUUUGACAAGCUUUGCCCUGGUGAUUGGAACCGAGGACAGAAUGUCGCCGUCGCGGAUAGAUUUGUGCAAGAUCACAACCUACGUCGCCCAUGCGGCAUUGUUGGAAGGUGGCGCCAAGAUCCACCCGGCGGAUCAUCAGGGGCCCGUGUUCUAUCGCCCUCUCAAAUACAUCGCAACAGCCAUCGCCGAAACGUGCACGACCAAGGAGGACACGGACGAGAUGAUAGAGAAGUAUUGCGAAUUCGUUGCAAGCAUCCGGCAGUUUCAUCUCGACCGUGUCGUCAAGUCAAUACCUUUCCGGCGCAAGGGUCAUAACUAG